AGGUUUCCGGAAGAGGGUUGGACUCUUAUACCAUGUGGGAGCUGCUGUGAAGAGUUGCUGCAUUCCAAGGUGUACCCAAAUUCCCAAUUCCGGCCCCUGUCAUUAAAACUCCGUUGGCGUGAAAGAUGACGUCCUUAGCCCAGCAGCUCCAACGACUUGCCCUCCCUCAAAGUGAUCCCAGCCUCUUCUCUAGAGAUGAAGUUGCCUCUUUGUUGUUUGACCCUAAGGAAGCGGCCACCAUCGACAGGGACACCGCCUUUGCCAUUGGAUGCACUGGCCUGGAAGAAUUGCUUGGAAUUGAUCCUUCCUUUGAGCAGUUUGAAGCACCGUUGUUCAGUCAGCUAGCAAAAACCUUGGAGCGAAGCGUUCAGACCAAAGCAGUAAACAAACAGUUGGAUGAAAACAUUUCAUUAUUCCUUAUUCACUUGUCACCUUACUUUCUGCUUAAGCCAGCGCAGAAGUGUCUGGAGUGGUUGAUUCACAGGUUCCAUAUACAUCUUUAUAAUCAAGAUAGCCUCAUUGCUUGUGUUCUGCCAUACCAUGAGACAAGAAUAUUUGUGCGAGUCAUACAGCUGCUAAAAAUUAAUAAUUCAAAGCACAAAUGGUUCUGGCUGUUGCCAGUUAAGCAAUCCGGAGUGCCCUUAGCUAAAGGAACUUUGAUUACCCACUGCUACAAAGACCUUGGAUUCAUGGAUUUCAUUUGUAGCUUGGUGACAAAAUCUGUGAAGGUUUUUGCUGAGUACCCGGGCAGCUCAGCUCAGUUGAGGGUGCUCUUGGCUUUCUAUGCUUCCACCAUUGUGUCGGCGCUGGUAGCUGCGGAAGACGUAUCAGACAAUAUCAUCGCCAAAUUAUUUCCCUAUAUCCAAAAGGGAUUGAAAUCAUCUUUACCAGAUUACAGAGCUGCAACAUAUAUGAUAAUAUGUCAGAUUUCUGUGAAAGUGACAAUGGAAGAUACCUUUGUGAAUUCAUUGGCAUCACAGAUCAUCAAAACAUUAACCAAGAUUCCCUCUUUGAUCAAGGAUGGAUUAAGUUGCUUGAUAGUACUCCUGCAGAGACAGAAGCCAGAGAGCCUUGGGAAAAAGCCAUUCCUUCAUUUAUGUAAUGUUCCUGAUCUUAUUACAAUACUUCAUGGGAUUUCUGAAACUUACGAUGUCAGUCCUCUUCUGCGUUACAUGCUUCCCCAUCUGGUUGUCUCCAUCAUUCAUCACGUUACAGGAGAAGAAACUGAAGGGAUAGAUAGUCAAAUCUACAAGAACCACUUAGAAGCUAUACUUACAAAAAUAUCACUGAAUAACAACUUAGACCAUUUGUUGGCUAGCCUUCUAUUUGAAGAGUAUAUUUCAUAUAAUUCACAGGAAGAAAUGGAUUCGGAUAAAGUAUCUUUGCUUAAUGAACAGUUUCUUCCACUCAUUAGGCUUUUAGAAAGCAAAUACCCCAGAACAUUAGAUGUUGUGUUAGAGGAACACCUAAAGGAAAUUGCAGACCUGAAAAAACAAGAGCUUUUUCACCAGUUUGUUUCCCUUUCUACAAGUGGAGGAAAAUAUCAGUUUUUAGCAGAUUCGGAUACUUCUUUGAUGCUCAGUCUGAAUCAUCCACUUGUUCCUGUGAGACUUCUGGCCAUUAAUCAUUUGAAGAAUAUCAUGAAAACAUCAAAGGAGGGUGUUGAUGAGUCUUUCAUAAAAGAAGCUGUUUUAGCCCGAUUAGGUGAUGAUAAUAUAGAUGUUGUUUUGGCGGCAAUAAGUGCUUUUGAGAUUUUCAAAGAACACUUCAGUUCAGAAGUGACGAUUUCAAAUCUUCUGAAUCUCUUUCAAAGAGCAGAACUUUCAAAGAAUAGAGAAUGGUACGAGGUACUUAAGAUAGCAGCUGACAUAUUAAUUAAAGAAGAGAUACUGAGUGAAAAUUAUCAGUUGUCAAAUCAGGUGGUUACACAUUUAUUACCAUUUAUGGUCAUCAAUAAUGAUGAUAUGGAAUCUGCCGAGAUGAAAAUUGCUAUAUAUUUAUCAAAAUCAGGAAUCUGCUCCCUGCACCCUCUAUUAAGAGGCUGGGAAGAAGCUCUCGAAAAUGUGAUUAGAAACAGAAAGCCAGGAAAACUAAUUGGUGUAGCGAAUCAGAAGAUGAUUGAGUUAUUGGCUGAUAAUAUAAAUUCAGGAGAUCCGUCUUCAAUGUUAAAUGUGGUGGAGGAUUUAAUAAGCAUGGGUGACAAGGAGUCCUUUAACCUGAAGCAGAAAGUGACAUGUCACGUGAUCAUGUCUGUGCUCGUCUCUUGCUGUUCAUCUUUGAAGGAAACCCACUUUCCAUUUGCGAUAAGAGUCUUCAGUUUGUUGCAGAAAAAAAUAAAGAAACUUGAAAGUGUCAUUACUGCAGUGGAAAUCCCCUCAGAAUGGCACAUUGAACUGAUGCUAGACAGAGGGAUACCAGUGGAGGUGUGGGCACAUUAUGUGGAAGAGCUCAACACUACCCAGAGGGUGGCCGUGGAGGACUCUGUUUUACUUGUAUUUUCCCUGAAAAAUUUUAUGUAUACACUGAAAGCUCCUAAGUCUUUUCCUAAAGGUGACAUAUGGUGGAAUCCUGAGCAACUGAAAGAAGACAGCAGGGACUAUCUGCACCUGCUUAUGGGACUCUUUGAGAUGAUGCUCAGUGGUGCCGACGCUGUUCAUUUCAGGGUUCUGAUGAAACUUUUCAUAAAGGUACAUCUACAAGAUAUUUUUCAGUUAUUCAAGUUUUUUUCUGUUUUAUGGACCUAUGGUUCUAGCCUUUCAAAUCCACUUAACUGCAAUGUGAAAACAGCGCUGCAGACUCAAGCUCUUUAUGUGGGCUGUGCAAUGCUCUCUUCUCAGAAGACACAGUGUAAACACCAACUGGCAUCCAUAUCUUCUCCAGUGGUGACAUCUUUACUCAUUAACCUGGGAAGCCCCAUAAAAGAAGUUCGUAGGGCUGCCGUUCAGUGUCUCCAGGCCCUCAGUGGAGUGGUGUCCCCGCUUCAUCUGAUAAUAGAUGAUCUGAUUUCUAAAGCAGAGGAGAUCACUUCAGAUGCUACGUAUGUUAUUCAGGAUUUGGCUACUUUGUUUGAGGAACUACAGAGAGAAAAGAAACUGAAAUCUCAUCAGAAGUUGUCUGAAACUUUGAAAAACUUACUUAGUUGUGUAUAUAGUUGCCCAUCUUAUAUAGCAAAAGAUUUGAUGAAAGUACUUCAGGGAGUCAACAGUGAGAUGGUGCUUUCUCAGCUAUUGCCUAUGGCUGAACAACUGCUAGAAAAGAUUCAGAAGGAGCCCACAGCUGUCUUGAAAGAUGAGGCCAUUGUUUUGCAUCUCACUCUGGGAAAGUAUAAUGAAUUUUCAUCUUCCCUUUUAAAUAAGGAUCCGAAGAGUCUAGAUAUAUUUAUAAAAGCUGUGCACACAACAAAUGAACUUUACGCAGGAAUGCCAACCAUUCAGAUUACAGCCCUUGAAAAGAUUACAAAACCAUUUUUCGCAGCCAUAUCAGAUGAAAAAGUUCAGCAGAAGCUUUUAAGAAUGUUGUUUGAUUUAUUGGUGAACUGUAAAAACUCACGUUGUGCUCAGACUGUCAGCAGUGUUUUUAAAGGGAUUUCCAUUAACGCUGAACAAGUCAGAAUAGAACUGGAGCCACCAGAUAAAGCUAAAUCCUUGGGCACAGUUCAGCAAAAAAGAAGGCAAAAAAUGCAGCAGAAAAAAUCACAAGAUCUAGAAUCUGUUCAGGAAGUUGGAGGUUCCUACUGGCAAAGAGUAACUCUCAUCCUGGAAUUACUGCAGCACAAAAAGAAGCUCAAAAGUCCUCAGAUAUUGGUGCCAACUCUUUUUAACUUGCUCUCAAGGUGUUUAGAACCCUUGCCGCAAGAGCAGGGAAAUAUGGAGUACACCAAACAAUUAAUUCUUAGUUGUCUGCUCAGCAUCUGCCAAAAACUCUCUCCAGAUGGUGGCAAAAUACCCAAAGAUAUUUUAGAUGAGGAGAAGUUCAAUGUGGAGUUGAUUGUUCAUUGCAUCCGCCUUUCGGAGAUGCCUCAGACCCAUCACCAUGCCCUUUUACUUUUGGGUACUGUUGCUGGAAUAUUUCCGGAUAAAGUUCUACACAAUAUCAUGUCUAUUUUUACAUUUAUGGGAGCCAAUGUCAUGCGCCUAGAUGAUACUUACAGUUUUCAAGUCAUUAACAAGACAGUGAAAAUGGUUAUUCCCGCACUUAUUCAGUCUGAUAGUGGAGAUUCUAUAGAAGUUACAAGAAACGUUGAAGAGAUUGUGGUAAAAAUCAUUAAUGUGUUUGUGGAUGCGUUGCCACAUGUCCCGGAGCACAGGCGCCUGCCCAUCCUCGUUCAACUUGUUGAUACGCUGAGUGCAGAAAAAUUCCUCUGGGUUCUCCUCAUCUUGCUUUUUGAACAGUAUGUCACAAAAACAGUGCUGGCAGCUGCCUAUGGAGAAAAGGAUGCUAUUUUAGAAGCAGACACUGAAUUUUGGUUUUCAGUCUGUUGUGAAUUUAGUGUCCAGCAUCAGAUACAAAGCUUGAUGAAAAUUCUCCAGUACUUACUAAAGCUGCCAGAGGAAAAAGAAGAAACCAUUCCCAAAGCAGUGUCUAAUAAGAGUGAAUCACAAGAAGAAACGCUACAGAUUUUUAACGUGGAGAAGCACACCAGCAAGCAGCUGCGGCAUUUUAAGUUUUUGUCAGUGUCCUUCAUGUCUCAGCUCCUGUCUUCCGAUAAUUUUCUGAAAAAGGUGGUUGAGAGUGGUGGUCCUGAGAUUUUAAAAGGCCUUGAAGAGAGGUUGCUGGAGACCGUUCUCGGCUAUAUCAACGCUGUCGCACAGUCCGUGGAAAAGAACGCAGACAAACUCACCGCGAAGUUCUGGCGCGCGCUCCUUAGUAAAGCUUACGACCUCUUAGACAAGGUCAAUGCCCUGCUGCCCACAGAGACAUUCAUUCCUGUCAUCAGAGGGCUGGUGGGCAAUCCCCUGCCAUCUGUUCGCCGGAAAGCACUGGACCUUUUGAAUAACAAGCUACAGCAGAAUAUAUCCUGGAAGAAGACAGUAGUUAACCGUUUCCUGAAACUGGUUCCAGACCUUUUGGCCAUUGUGCAGCAUAAGAAAAAGGAAGGGGAAGAAGAACAAGCCAUCAACAGACAGACGGCGUUGUAUGCCUUAAAGCUUUUAUGCAAGAAUUUUGGUGCAGAAAAUCCAGAUCCCUUUGUCCCAGUGCUGAGCACUGCCGUGACACUUAUUGCUCCAGAGAGAAAGGAGGAGAAGAAUGUCUUGGGAAGUGCACUGCUAUGCAUAGCAGAGGUGGCCUCCACCCUGGAAGCACUGGCCAUCCCUCAGCUUCCCAGCCUGAUGCCAUCGUUGCUGACAACAAUGAAGAACACCAGUGACCUGGUCUCCAGCGAGGUCUAUCUGCUCAGUGCCUUGGCUGCCCUGCAGAAGGUGGUAGAGACUCUCCCGCACUUCAUCAGCCCCUACCUGGAAGGUAUUCUCUCCCAGGUGAUUCAUUUGGAGAAAAUCACUAGCGAAAUGGGUUCCGCCUCACAGGCCAAUAUCCGCCUCACAUCUCUUAAAAAGACACUGGCUACCACACUUGCACCCCGAGUCCUGUUGCCCGCCGUCAAAAAAACUUACAAGCAGAUUGAGAAGAGCUGGAAGAAUCACAUGGGUCCAUUUAUGAGCAUCUUGCAAGAGCAUAUUGGGGUGAUGAAGAAGGAAGAGCUCACCUCCCAUCAGUCUCAGCUAACCACAUUUUUCCUGGAGGCCCUGGACUUCCGAGCACAGCACUCUGAGGACGAUCUGGAGGAAAUUGGAAAAACAGAAAAUUGUAUCAUCGACUGUCUAGUAGCCAUGGUUGUGAAACUUUCCGAGGUCACAUUCAGACCCCUGUUCUUCAAGCUGUUUGAUUGGGCUAAAACUGAAGAUGCCCCAAAGGACAGGCUGCUGACAUUUUACAACUUGGCAGAUUGCAUUGCUGAAAAGCUGAAAGGGCUUUUUACUCUGUUUGCCGGCCACUUGGUGAAGCCUUUUGCUGACACCUUGAACCAGGUGAACAUCUCCAAAACAGAUGAAGCAUUUUUUGACUCUGAAAAAGACCCUGAAAAGUGCUGCUUGCUGUUGCAGUUUGUUUUGAACUGUUUAUACAAAAUCUUCCUUUUUGAUACCCAGCAUUUUAUAAGUAAAGAGAGAGCAGAAGCCUUGAUGAUGCCUCUGGUGGAUCAGCUGGAAAACAGGCUUGGGGGAGACGAGAAAUUCCAGGAACGGGUGACAAAGCACCUGAUCCCUUGCAUCGCACAGUUUUCAGUGGCCAUGGCGGAUGACUCUCUUUGGAAACCACUGAACUACCAGAUUCUGCUAAAGACGAGAGACUCCUCGCCUAAGGUUCGAUUUGCUGCUCUGAUUACUGUGUUAGCACUGGCUGAAAAACUAAAGGAGAAUUACAUCGUCUUGCUGCCGGAGUCCAUUCCUUUCUUAGCAGAGUUGAUGGAAGAUGAAUGUGAAGAAGUAGAACAUCAGUGCCAAAAGACUAUUCAACAGCUGGAAACUGUGCUGGGGGAGCCGCUCCAGAGCUACUUCUAAGACUGUGGUGUUUCAUACUCUACUCAGAGUUCAGAUUUAUUUUUCAUAUUUUUAUUUUUGGGUGUUGGGGUGCCCUAUUACUUUUGGUGCCUUAAUACACCUACUUGGACUACUUAAAAUAUUUUAUUGUAUCUUUACAAAAUUCCCACCUGGGUUGUGCCACCAGGUGGCACAUAAGCCUCUCCUGCCAACUGUACAGAGCUGCCCAAAGAGUAAACGACACGUGGUCUUUUUAUACAGACUGCUGUUUCACAUUUAUUCUCUUCCUGAUUGAUGUUAAUAAUAUUAGACCUGUUUACUUUUAGUACCCAAAGCUGACGGCUCAUUUGCACUGUAAGCCUUAACUCUUCUGUAUAGCAGUGUCUUAUAUACAUGGUAUCUGUGUUGCAGAUUUCACUCAAGAGUUGCUCUCUAAUUCCAGAAAAUGACAGUAAUUUAGCAAUCAACAAAUACUUUUCACUGUAAAGCCUACUUUUCAUUUUGGGUAGGCGAACUUCAGCCUUAAUUUCUUUGUGUGUGCCUAUGGAGAAGUGGUUCUGGAAUGCUUUUUAACCCAGGAGUGUGAUUGUCACCUUUAUCUUUUACUCUGAGGAAACGGGAGAGAUGGAGGCAAUAUGCUGCUUCCAAAAGAGCUCACAACUGGCUGCUCACAGACAGGGCCCAGAAACACUAGGCAUGAGGAAGCUCCUCCAGGAUUAAGAAUGGCCCCAGUUCCAUUGGUGGUUAACUGAGAAUUACUUGUCUAAGAAAGGAAGUAUCGCUAGAUUUUUUGCAAUGCUUUGAAGUGCCCUAGUCUCUAGUACUGGGUCAUGGUAAAGUUGGAAAGUGAAGGCUGAGAUACAAUUAGAUCUUCCCCUUUUUUAAAGGGCAUCUAAGAACAAUCCUGUAGAAUGUUUGCAUUGAGUUUAAAAGCCUUUGGAACUAAUAUAGAAGUUUAAUGCAGAAUUGUGACAAGCAAAAGGCUUAGUUUAGGGAUAGAGCUUUCUAGUAUAGAAGUGCAUAUUUCUAAGAAAUGUCUCAUUAAAAUGCAUUAAUAAAUACCACUUUUUAAAUUUUUUUUACUCCACAUAAAAUUAAAAUGAACUUAAGAUUUACAAGGAAUGAUGUGAGUGGGCUAUUUUUUUCCUAAAUGUCUCACAGUCUCCAACAGCUCAGUCAAGCACUCUGAUGUUCUUUAUGAAGAAAAAGAACUCCUGGGGCAUUCUGGAGCCUUCUUGCCUUCUACAGCUUUCCCUAUGGCUCCCUCCACCCCCAACCAGUGUCUUUGAGCUUGGUGAGAGUCUGCAUAAAUAACAUGAAAAGCUGGAAAAGAAUUAAGGGCUAGCAUUUUCUACACUGAGUACUUUUUUAAAAAUAAGACUGACGAUGGUAUUCUUUUCAAUAUUUGGAUAGAAAUAGUAUCUAACUAAAAUCUGUUCUGAAAAGAUUCCUAAGUCCUGGCAGAGUUCCGCCCCACAGUUUAAUGUGAUAAAAUGAUCCUCACUGACUGAGCUUUUUUCCCUCCCCACUUCCAAACCUUUGAAAUUUCCUGUAACAAGAUCUGACCUGUAAAGAUCCCAUAUACAUGGAACUUCUGCCAAGUCGCCUCAAAUAAUAGAAAAAUUACAGAAAUGCAACAAUUUAACUUGAUACAGGUUUGACUUUAAUCACUUAAAGCAGAAGAGUGCUUUGAUCUCAGGUGCUAAUGCUGGACUAAUCUUUAGAAGAACGGAGGCCUGAGUGGUGAUUUACAUGGGAACAAAACAGAUUUUUGUAUUACCUCUGCCUGCUGUGUGGGUCUGUUAGUUGGUGUACACUUUCGAUAGUGCCUGCCUUAUGAAUCCCUCAAGUCUAAUUCUGACCUUACUUUACUAUCCAUGACUAUCUUUCAAAUUGAA